AUGACAAAUAAUGCCGUGUCAGCGACCGUUAUUGCUUUAUUGGAUCGAGCUAAAGCAAAAUAUGUGGAUACGGCGAAGAAUGAUAUACUCUCAGCUCUAAGCGGCUUUCCUGAUCUCACACCAGACGUUGAACACUUCGUUUAUCCAGACAGGACACAUACACUUGCAUUUCGUUUGAAGGGCACCAUUCCUGUUCUUUAUAAGGGUAAUACAUACAACAUACCGGUAGCAUUAUAUCUCUGGGACACCCAUCCUUAUUAUGCACCAGUAUGUUACGUCUGUCCAACGCCAAAUAUGAUGCUGAAGGAAUCAAAAACGGUGGAUAAGCAGGGACGCAUCUAUUUGCCGUAUCUUAGUGACUGGUCCUUUCCAGGAUAUGAUUUAAGUGGUUUAUUACAGGUUAUGGCGAUGUGUUUUCAAGAUUCAUGUCCAGUCUUCGCCAAACCUAACAACAGUUCACGUCUGUCAGGUACAGGGUCAACAUCUGCUACUCAGGUCCAAGGUUACACACCUUAUUCGACGUCUAAUGCACCGGGAAUGCCGCCAUACCCAACGACACCUGCUUCUUAUUAUCCUUCGACGCCACAUGGUAGUGUUAGUAGUGGUACAGUUCAGCCGGAACACUUGAAAGCAUCCGUGAUGAGCGCUGUUGAAUAUAAAAUUAGGCAACGCCUUCGCGAAAAAUUAGGGACAGUGCAUGCGGAAUUAGCUUCAAUACGACAGACCCAUGCAGAUCUACGUGCCGGUCAGCAAAAGCUAAAAAGUAUUAUGGAAGAUUUAGCGCAAGAGCAGAAACGGAUGGAGGAUGCACUAAUUGUGUAUCAGGAAAAGAAAGCCGAAAUUAACUCUCUCCUUUCAACAUCAUCGCCGGAGAAAAAUGUGGAGAUUGAUCAAGUAAUUGAUGCUUGUACGCCUUUGCACAGACAGUUACUUCGUUGUUACGUUUAUGACUGUGCUAUCGAUGAUGCUAUCUAUUUCCUUGGUCAAGCGCUAAGUCGUGGUCUUAUCAGUUUAACAAAUUAUUUGAAAGAAGUACGCCAGCUUUCACGUCGGCAGUUUAUUUAUCGUGCCACACUUCAGAAAUGUCGUAUUAAGGCGAAAAUGCCAAUAUAA